CAUCUCUCUUCACACAGGAGUCUGAGCUGCCAAAGGAUCACUCUGCACAAGAACCUCUUCUGCUCGUAUGUGCUCAAUUCAGCCCUCACCAUCAUCUACCUCGUAGCAGUGGUCAAUAAUCCUGAAGUGGUGGGCAGAAACCCGGUUGGCUGUAAAGUGUUGCACUUCUUCCACAUGUACAUGCUGGGCUGCAAUUAUUUUUGGAUGCUCUGUGAAGGCAUCUACCUGCACACGCUUAUCGUGGUGGCUGUGUUUGCAGAGGAGCAGCAUCUGCACUGGUACUACCUCCUGGGCUGGGGCUUUCCUCUAGUGCCCGCAUCCAUCCACGCCGUGGCAAGGAAAACGUACUUCGAUGACAACUGUUGGAUGAGUGUGGAAACCCAUCUGCUCUAUGCAGUCCAUGGUCCUAUCGUGGCUGCUCUUCUUGUGAACCUCUUCUUUUUACUAAAUAUUAUAAGAGUGCUGGUGACCAAGUUGAGAGACACACACCGGGCCGAGUCCAACAUGUACAUGAAGGCAGUGAGAGCCACGCUGAUCCUGGUGCCCCUACUGGGAAUACAGUUUGUCAUUUUCCCCUGGAGGCCAGAAAACAGGCUAGCUGGGGAGGUCUACGAGUACAUCAUGCACAUACUCAUGCACUACCAGGGAUUACUGGUGGCAACAAUAUUCUGCUUCUUCAACGGAGAGGUGCAGGCAGCUCUAAAGAGACAGUGGAUGCAGUAUAAAACCCAGUGGGGUCAGAGACGAAAGGACCACUGCUCAAUGCGCUCCACGUCCUACACAGCCACCUCCAUCACCGAGGUACCCGCCUUCAUGUACCACCAUGACUGUAACACCGAACACUUGAACGGGCGCCACACAGAGGACUCUGAACUGGUGGCAUUAAAAUCAGGAGAGACAUACGCUUGAGCCACUGACUCACACCGAGGAGAAAGAGGUGGGACCAGCCGAAGAACAGUUAGAAAGGAAAAUGAAUCCGGUUUGCCGGAUCUCAGUGAUUAAAUCUCAGAGGCUGGGUGCUUCAGCCCAGGACGAUAGUACGGGUCUGGGAGUAAAGGAGCUCAUUAGGACAGAGAUGGGCAAGCUACAAGGCUGACAUUCAUUUAUUUUACGUUGCUGUUGCAGCUGCUUUUUGAGAAAUUUGAUGUCAAGAACUUGUGACAUGAGACAAGAGCUGCUUUUGACACAUGUCACUUCCUAAAGCUGCUAAACUGCAAGCGCGCGCUCACUGAUUGAGAUGUGGAGACAGAAAUAACUGUGACGGCGACGACAGCGAGGGAGGCAAUGUUUUCUGUAUGAGAUAAUGCUGCUGGAUAUGACAGUGAUGGUGAUAUUGGUUCUGAUUGACAUGAGGUGGAGGUGAACGAUGAUUCUGAUGGUGUCAUGAUGGUGAUUUUUAAGGUAAAGUAGAAAAACCAAUCCUUCCUCACCUAUACCAAAGGGUAGGCUACUGUAUGUUGGUCACAGCUAGGAAGGGGCGCAUCGCGUCCAGACACAAAAACACACACACACACACAUGCACACACAAAUUUCACAAACCUGAUCAUAUGUGCCAUGAUAGAGGUCAACGUUCAAAGAACCUCUGUGCUUGAAGCUCUGGAAUUGUGUACAUAAUGUAUGUUCACCAUGUUUCAUUAAAAAAAAGGUGUUCAAAUGUUUUAAAAGGAUUUUAUUUUUGUUUUCUAUUAAUAUUUUAUUCUUGCCAAUUCCUAGGUACGUGCUAAGUGUGUGUCCUGUGAUGCUGCACUCCUGACUGCUUUGUUGUUUUUGCAGUUGCUGUAUUUGUGCCGAUGCCGAACGUUACAGGGCUGAGAAGCAAAAAGAAGCUAAAUACACAAAAUAUAUAUGAAUUUAAAAAACAACUUUAUAUUGAGGUUAAACAGCCACAUGAGUUGUUUCAGUUGUGCCAAUGAUUCUGACAAACAGGCAGCUUCUCGGAAGCGAGGAAGCUGCACUGUCUGAUUUUAUUCACAAUCAUCCUUUGUUGUGCUCAUGGUGCCUUUUAUCUAUCUUAUGUUUUGUUUUGUUUUUUGAAAAAGUAAUAUUCUGUCCUCAUGCAUAUUUAUUCAUGAAUUUUGUAGCAUUUUGUAUGAAUGAGCAUCCAGGGCAAAGGAAAGACUCUCUAAAGAUGAAAUGAUGAGAGGAUCCCAUUUAUUCUGUAUGCAGAGUCUUAAAGGCAUGUUCACAAUCUUGCGCCGACAACAAAUAAUCUACUCUUUGUCCUAAAUACAUUUAGAUUACUUUUGUGGUUUUAUUGUUACUUUGUCAUAACUGUGACAUAAGAAUGUGGAGGAUGAAAGUUAAAAGUCUUGAUGGCCACAGUGCAUUUAAGUGUGAAUCCAAACAAGAGCACAUUGAAUUUGCUGACAUUUUGGAUACACUCUGUGUCUUGCAUUUAUCUUUAAAAGUUACUUAGAUGUUCAAUAAGCUUCUAAACUUCUCAUCUGAUAAACAACAUUUAAAUUCAGCCAGGGAAAAACAUUUAUUAUCCUAGAGCGUGUAGCCAAUGGCCAAUAAGCCUGUAGCUGCAUCAGACUGCUGUGAUUUGUUUGGUGACCACUUAACAGGAAUCCCAUCCAUGUUGACGUGACAGGGGAAGAGGUCAGAGAACUAAUAUCUAGAAAGAUAAGGCUGGGGAUACUCUGCAUUUCUGUUAUUGUUAACAAAUUCCAUGAAAAGACAAAACCAACAAUGCAUCUUUCAAUGCUUUCCAACUUUACUUCCUGUCUCAGAAUCAAGCAGAGUCAUUCCCAAUCUUUAAAAACAGGUUAAAAAAAUAUAUAGCUACUUUUUGUUUUGGAAAAGGCCAAUUUUCUAAAACAUCUGGCCGCUGUAGAUUUCAGAAACUCUUACUCAAACAGGAGUAAAUAGUACAUUUAUUGGGGACUAUUUUCAGCUGUGCAUUAAUACACAUGUGGUGCUCUAGUGAGUAUUUACAGCAGCAGGGCAGUGUGUGUGACUCAAAAUAAAUUACAGCGUCUGUGUGUUCAUCAUCGUGAAAGAACGUGUCACCCAGUACAAUGGUGUGGCUCAGAGCUCUAUGGCACAGAGAAAUAAGAUAUAUCAGGAUUUGGGUACACACACUAUACUUACUGGUCUUUCUGUGGGAUUUCCUGACAAAAAUAAAAAUACAGAAUAUUAACAGACUUUUAGAAUAAUUUCAUACAGAUUUUCUGUCUACAUGGGUGCUACGGUGUCAAUAUCCAGUGAAUGUGAUAUUUUCUAGGUUUUCUUGUCAUUGUCAACUGGAACAGUUUUUAACAAGAUUCAUGUGAGAGAUAUGAGACAUGACAUGAGACAGAAUUAUAAUGAAAUACAGUUUGAAAUGUAUUUCCACCUAGAAUGUGAAGCUAAGACAAAACGUGCCAUCUAGUCACACAGAAUAACGAUCAGAAGUUGAUUGGAAAACACAAGUUUAAAUUGUAAUUAUCAUCCAUAGAUAUGCAAUAGCAAUAUGACCAGAUAAAUAGGACCAGACAACAACAAAAAUCCCCUUAAAAUAUAUAAUGGGAAGAAAAUUCAACACUCGCCUCUGCAAGGUAAAAACAUCAAAUUGGUCGAAUUAGGUCACCAAAUCAAAUCAAUUAAGCUAUCAAAGUGAAGGAUGCAGCUCUUUACUAGCUGCAAAGUUGAAGUUUAGCCAACGGAUAAUGCAUCAGAUGCACAAGCUAAAACAGACAUUUGGACCUACUGCAAUACUACUUUUUUGUUGCUAGCCAGGAAUGAGGAAGGAACGGAGAGUGACAAUCAAUGUAAGAGAAUGACAUCAUCGUCCUAUGAUGUUCUCAUGUGUAAUUUUUAAAGUUUGUUAUUUAUUUUAGUAUAAAAUUCAUCUUCCUCUUCAUCUGUAUGACGAUGAUUUGUCUUGGAUGUGCUGCACACUGUAAGACAUAUUAUUAAUAAUCUUUUGGGUUUAGGGGAAGACAGAUUGUGUAUAUUUUGUAUGUUCAUUCCCAUGUAAGUAUAUUAUAGAUUUUUGCACUGUGAAAUACUCUGACAGCUAUUUUUGUUACAUUCCUGUCAUUCAUUUUGGCUUGUGUUUGUCUCUUGCCCCCCCCUCUCAGCUCGGACUGGCAUCAUCUCAAAGCUGAUUAAAAAAAAGCAUUUUGUAAAAGCCAAA